AUGCCACCACCGUCACAGAGCCCCUCGCUCGCAAGCAUUCUGGUGGCGCGCUUCCUUCGAACCAACAACUACAAUGAUACCCUAGCUGCAUUUAUUCGAGAGGCCGGACUCCCGGUCGACGCGGGGCAUGUCGGUGGAAAAGACGACUGGACGAUCGAAGGCGUGCUCGAAGAAAAGAAAACCUUUGAUGAAACCGUUCGCUUUGAGCGAUAUGGGGAAGACAGCGAAAGUGAUGGCCUCUGGAGCACGCCUGCACCAUCCAAGCCCAGCGUCGUCCAGACGCCAUCCUCUUCCAACCUAUUAUCAUGUUCAGUAGAGCCCUGGCAAGAGGCCCACGACGGGGACCGCGAAGAGACGCCCGCAUCCUACGUCGUAGCCACCGGCGCAGACAGACAGCUCCAUCUGUUCGCCACGACGACAGGAAACGAAGCCGUGCGCUCGUUCUCCGGCCACUCCGAUUCCCCAAUCCUCUCCUACGUCUUCGUGCAGAACGGCAGGUACGUCGUCAUGACCAACAUGUCCGGCCAGCUCCUCCUCCAGCGCGGCACGGAGCUCCUCGACCGGCGCAAAGACCACUCCAAGUACGCCGUGAAAGUCGUCGCCCACGAGUCCGACUCGACCGUCUGGCUCGCCACGGCCGGCUGGGACGCCAAGGUCUUCCUGUACCGACUGCGUCUCGGGCCCGGCGACGACGUACGCCUCGCCGACCCGGUCGCAUACAUCCCCCUCGCCUCCAACCCGGAGUCCCUCCUCUUCGUUCCCCACCCGGACACCCACGAGCCCAUCCUCCUCGUCGCCCGACGCGACUCAACCUACCUCUUCUACUACCAGGUCGAGGCGACGCCAACGGCGUCGUCGCCGUCGCCGUCCGCCACCCCGCGCGAAUGCCCCCUCCUCGGCCGCCAGAACCUCGCCCCGCACUCCAACGCGUGGGUGGCCUUCUCGCCGGCCUGUCUGGCCCUCAGCCCGCACGACCCGGGCCUGCUGGCGGUGGCCACCUCCACCCUGCCGCACAUGAAAGUGCUCAUCGUGCGGCUCCUGUUCCCGACGCGCGACACGCUGGACCUUGUCACCUCGGGCCCUGUGGACACGGCGGCGACGGCAGCGCCUGAGACCCAGGCGACGCAGGCGUUUGCGGCACUGUCGCUGCAGAACCGCGAGGACGCGGCCAUCCUCAUCCAGGCGAACACGUUUGCGCCGCAGACGGCGUACUCCACGCCGCAGGUGGUCUGGCGGCCUGACGGAUCAGGCGUGUGGGUGAACGGGGACGAUGGGGUGAUUCGCGGGGUGGAGGCGAAGACGGGCAAGGUGACGGCGUUGCUGAAGGAUGGGCAUCAGGUGGGAUCCAAGGUGCGGGCGAUCUGGGCUGGCUGGGUUUUUGUACGCCGCGGGGAGAAGGUCGUCCGCGAGGAGUGGCUUGUUAGUGGAGGGUUUGAUAAGAGGCUGGUUGUUUGGAGGCAGGCUGAAUCUACGUAG